CGCCGAGGUUGCUGUCGCCUGCGGCCAGAACCCGUCUUAAAAGAACCUGGGCCGGCGUCUCCAGGGUCCCAGCUAGCGUCGCGCCCUCGGCCCGCGUGCGCUCUCUGAUGCCUGCGCUGGCGGUGGCCCGGGUGGCCCGCCCGCGGGGGGUGCCGGAGGGGGCGGGGGAGGAGGAGGAGGCUGUGUGAUGGCCCUGGACGGCGAGCGGGGGGAGCAAGAGGAGGAGAAGAAAAAGAAGAAGAAGAAAAAGAAGAGGAAGAAGAAGAAGGAGGAGGAGGGGGCUGAGAAGAGCAGCUCACCCUUCGCGGCCACCAUGGGGGAGAACGACGCCGCGCUCCGGGCCGGCGGCAGGGGGAUCUCGGACCGGUGGACGGACUCCGUGGGGGUGCGACCCCGCACUACCGAGCGCCACAUCACGGUGCACAAGCGGCUCGUGCUGGCCUUCGCCGUGUCCAUCGUGGCGCUGCUCGCGGUCACCAUGCUCGCGGUGUUGCUCAGCUUGCGCUUCGACGAGUGUGGAGCUAGCGCGGCGCCGGGCGCCGACGGCGGUCUCGCCGGCUUCCCAGCGCGCGGGGGCAACGGGAGCCUUCCGGGUUCCGCCCGGCGCAACCACCAGGCUGGCGGAGACUCCUCGCAGCCCGAGGCAGGCGGGGAGGCCACCCCUGGGACCCCGUCCGCCCAGCCGCCGUCGGAGGAGGAGCGGGAGCAGUGGCAGCCGUGGACGCAGCUGCGCCUGUCGGGCCACCUCAAGCCGCUGCACUACAAUCUAAUGCUCACCGCCUUCAUGGAGAACUUCACCUUCUCCGGCGAGGUCAACGUGGAGAUCGCGUGCCGGAACGCCACCCGCUACGUCGUGCUGCACGCCUCCCGGGUGGCGGUCGAGAAGGUGCAGGUGGCCGAGGACCGGGUGGCCGGGGCUGUCCCGGUGGCCGGUUUUUUCCUCUACCCGCAAACCCAGGUCUUGGUAGUGGUGCUGAAUAGGACCCUGGACGCGCAGAGAAAUUACAACCUGAAGAUCAUCUACAACGCCCUGAUCGAGAACGAGCUCUUGGGCUUCUUCCGCAGCUCCUACGUGCUCCACGGGGAGAGAAGAUUCCUUGGUGUUACUCAGUUUUCGCCUACACAUGCCAGAAAGGCAUUUCCUUGUUUUGAUGAGCCAAUCUACAAGGCUACUUUCAAAAUUAGCAUCAAGCAUCAAGCAACCUAUUUAUCUUUAUCCAAUAUGCCAGUGGAAACUUCCGUGUUUGAGGAAGAUGGAUGGGUUACGGAUCACUUUUCACAGACCCCUCUCAUGUCUACAUAUUAUUUAGCCUGGGCAAUCUGCAACUUCACAUACAGAGAAACUACCACCAAGAGUGGGGUUGCAGUACGAUUAUAUGCAAGACCCGAUGCUAUCAGAAGAGGAUCUGGGGACUAUGCUCUCCAUAUAACAAAGAGAUUAAUAGAAUUUUACGAAGACUACUUUAAAGUGCCCUAUUCCUUGCCAAAACUAGAUCUUUUAGCUGUGCCUAAGCACCCGUACGCUGCUAUGGAGAACUGGGGACUAAGUAUUUUUGUGGAGCAAAGAAUACUGCUGGAUCCCAGUGUUUCAUCUAUUUCUUAUUUACUGGAUGUCACCAUGGUCAUUGUUCAUGAGAUAUGUCACCAGUGGUUUGGUGACCUCGUGACUCCAGUAUGGUGGGAAGAUGUGUGGCUGAAGGAAGGUUUUGCUCACUACUUUGAAUUUGUUGGCACGGACUACCUCUACCCUGGCUGGAACAUGGAAAAACAGAGGUUUCUGACGGAUGUUCUGCAUGAAGUGAUGCUGCUUGACGGCUUGGCCAGUUCCCAUCCAGUAUCACAGGAAGUGCUACAGGCAACAGAUAUUGACAGGGUGUUUGACUGGAUCGCCUAUAAAAAGGGUGCUGCUCUAAUUAGAAUGCUGGCUAAUUUUAUGGGCCAUUCAGUAUUUCAAAGGGGUUUGCAAGAUUAUUUAACCAUUCAUAAGUAUGGCAAUGCAGCCAGAAAUGAUCUCUGGAAUACACUAUCAGAGGCUUUAAAACGGAAUGGAAAGUUUGUAAAUAUACAAGAAGUAAUGGAUCAGUGGACACUCCAGAUGGGUUAUCCUGUUAUCACCAUCUUGGGAAAUUCAACAGCAGAAAAUAGAAUAAUAAUUACCCAACAACACUUUAUUUAUGACAUCAGUGCUAAAACUAAAGCACCUGAACUUCAAAAUAACAGUUACCUCUGGCAGAUUCCAUUAACUAUUGUGGUGGGAAAUAGAAGCCAUGUGUCUUCAGAAACAAUUAUUUGGGUGACUAACAAAUCAGAGCACCACAGAAUAACUUGGGACAAAGGAAGCUGGUUGCUGGGGAAUAUCAAUCAAACUGGCUAUUUUAGAGUCAACUAUGAUUUAAGGAAUUGGAGAUUAUUAAUUGAUCAGUUAAUCAGGAACCAUGAGGUUCUCUCUGUCAGUAACAGAGCGGCUUUGAUUGAUGAUGCCUUCAGCCUGGCCAGAGCCGGCUAUUUGCCUCAGCAUAUUCCCCUGGAGAUUAUCAGAUACCUGUCUGAGGAGAAGGAUUUUCUUCCUUGGCAUGCUGCCAGCCGAGCUCUUUAUCCCCUUGAUAAAUUACUGGAUCGCAUGGAGAAAUACAAUGUCUUCAAUGAAUAUAUUUUAAAGCAAGUUGCAGCUACGUACAUCAAGCUUGGAUGGCCAAAAAACAAUUUUAAUGGAUCUCUUGUUCAAGCCUCCUACCAACAUGAAGAACUCCGGAGAGAAGUCAUAAUGCUGGCGUGCAGUUUUGGCAACAAGCACUGUCACCAACAAGCAUCGACACUUAUUUCAGAUUGGAUUUCCAGCAACAGGAACAGAAUACCACUAAAUGUUAGAGACAUCGUCUACUGUACAGGAGUUUCACUACUAGAUGAGGAUGUCUGGGAAUUCAUAUGGAUGAAAUUCCACUCCACCACAGCAGUUUCUGAGAAGAAAAUAUUAUUGGAAGCCUUAACUUGCAGUGAUGACAGGAACUUAUUAAAUAGGCUUCUGAAUCUAUCACUGAAUUCUGAGGUGGUGUUAGAUCAAGAUGCAAUUGAUGUGAUAAUCCAUGUCGCUCGAAAUCCACAUGGCCGAGACCUUGCCUGGAAGUUUUUCAGAGAUAAAUGGAAGAUAUUAAAUACCAGGUAUGGAGAGGCAUUAUUUAUGAAUUCCAAACUCAUUAGUGGAGUUACAGAAUUUCUUAAUACUGAAGGUGAACUCAAAGAGCUGAAGAACUUCAUGAAGAACUACAGUGGAGUAGCUGCUGCCUCUUUCUUGAGAGCCGUGGAAACCGUCGAAGCCAACGUGCGCUGGAAAAUGCUUUAUCAAGAUGAGCUUUUCCAAUGGUUAGGAAAAGCUCUGAGACACUAAAAUCUCUCUUAUGAACAAUUCAACUCCAAAUUUUGGGAGAAGACCUGCUUUCUAUGGAAUGAGGAAAAUGUGCUAUGUGAAAAAUGGCCAGAUUUUCAGCGUUAACGUGUGGGAGGAAAUUUCUUUUUUUUUAAUU